UCCAUUUUUUCUUCUUUUUUCUGCUCCUUUUCUAGUUUUAUACUUUAAUUUCAGGCUAAUUUCUUUAAAUGAAGCUAUGGGGUUUGGCCCUUUGGUGCACAGCCAUGGCUGCCGCUUUCUUCUUCUUCUUCUUUCCUCUCCACCCCAGUACCAAUCGGAUUCCGACCACCCCACUAAGUAGUAGAAACUUAAUGGGCAUGAACAUCAACAAUUCUUCGGGGCAAUUCAAAGUCAGACUACAAAGAAGUGGUGGAAAUGUCGUGAUGGAUAAUGGUAUUGUCCAAGUUACUCUGUCCACCCCAGAUGGUGACGUGGUUGGAUUGAGCUACAAUGGAAUCGAUAACAUUCUGGACACCAAAACCGAAGCGCCGAACAGAGGCUACUGGGACGCCGUAUGGAACAACCCAAACGAACACAUUAACACUGACAGAUUACUAGGAACCACGUUUAAAGUGAUAGUAUCCAACGACGAGCAACUGGAAAUCUCGUUUGUCAAAACAUGGAGCGUUGCAGUUGGGAACAAGAACGCCCCUGUCAAUGUAGACAAAAGGUUCGUGUUGCUGAGAGGAAGCUCUGGGUUUUAUACGUAUGCCAUAUUCGAGAGGCUGACCGGGUGGCCGGAGAUUGAAAUGGAUCAAGUUAGGAUCGUUUUCAGACCUCAGAAAAAAAUGUUUGAUUACAUGGCUGUAUCGGACAGUAGACAGAGAGUGAUGCCGACAAUGGACGACCGAGAUAAUGGUGAUCCAUUGGCGUACCCUGAGGCUGUUCUUUUGACCAAUCCUGCCAAUGAGAAACUCAGAGGAGAGGUAGAUGACAAGUACAUGUACUCAAUAGAGGACAAGGAUAACCUAGUUCACGGCUGGAUCUCCAGAAAUCCACCGACUGGAUUCUGGAUGAUCACUCCUAGUGACGAGUUCCGCGUCGCCGGUCCGGUCAAGCAGGAUCUGACCUCCCACGCCGGCCCCAUCACUCUCUCCAUGUUCGUUAGCACCCACUACGCUGGAACGGAUGUGGGCAUGAAAUUUGCAAAAGGAGAGCCUUGGAAGAAGGUCUUCGGCCCUGUAUUUGUCUAUCUCAACUCUGCUUCCCCUAAGGAGGAUUAUCGUUCUCUAUGGCAAGAUGCCAAACAACAGUUGGCAACGGAAAUCAGUAAGUGGCCCUAUACGUUUCCUCAAUCAGAAGACUUCCCUUCUUCUGCCCAAAGAGGGAGCGUCGCCGGCCGGUUACUAAUCCGUGAUGGGUCUAUUAGCGACAGACUUUUGCGUGCGAGUAAUGCUUUCGUUGGAUUGGCAUUGCCUGGUCCUGUGGGAUCCUGGCAAAGGGAAAGCAAGGGCUAUCAAUUCUGGACUCAAGCUGACAGUCACGGCAGCUUCUUAAUCAAUAACGUCCGAGAAGGAGUUUAUAAUCUUUAUGCUUUUGUUCCUGGCUUUAUUGGAGACUACAAGUAUGAGGGAAAUAUAACAAUCAAGGCUGGGUCUAAAACUAAAUUGGAUGAGAUGGUGUUUGAUCCGCCGAGACAGGGCCCAACCAUCUGGGAGAUCGGCAUUCCCGACCGCACAGCAGCGGAGUUUUAUGUGCCCGACCCUUUUCCGACUCUCAUGAAUAAACUAUACAUUGACCAUGAUGACAAGUUCAGACAAUAUGGGUUGUGGGAACGUUAUGCGGCUAUGUAUCCAAAUAAUGAUCUUGUGUUUACUGUUGGUGUGGAUAAUUAUACCCAGGACUGGUUCUAUGCUCAUGUUACCAGGGAUGUGGGGAAUCAAACAUACGAAGCAACCACAUGGGAGAUCAGAUUUUCAUUGCAAUCUGUGAACCAAACGGCAAAUUACACACUGCAAAUUGCAUUGGCAUCUGCUGCUGAUUGCGAAUUACAGGUUCGGUUAAACGAUAAAAAGUCGAGCCGACCCGGGUUUACGACAGGAAGGAUCGGAAGGGACAACGCAAUUGCAAGGCAUGGGAUUCAUGGGCUUUACUGGUUAUACUCGGUGCCUUUCCCUGGCACUCAAUUUCUGAAAGGGAACAACUCCAUGUAUUUCACUCAGGCAAGAGGCCAAGGCCCUUUCCAAGGUCUCAUGUACGACUACGUUCGACUCGAAGCUCCACCUCGAACAUAAUCCCCCCGUCUCACUCACACAGUGUUUUACAAUUUUUUUUUUUUUUU